UUAACAAUAACCCGUGCCGAUCACGAGGAAAUCACACGGAUGAAUCGUCACGAGGUCACCGAAGUCACGAGUUAGGCUGGGAAACAGACAAAUACACGAAAGACGUCACAGUACCUACUACUUCAGAUGCAAGGGAUAAGCGACUAACGAUCAUGGCUGCAUUUGAAGAUUUUUGUAGGAUUACACUCCUUUUUCUAGUCGUUAUUUCUGCAAGUGAUGCCUUCCGUCUUCGAGCUAGAUUUCCUCGACCGCAAGGGAAGGAUUUUGGACUUCACGCGAAGAGACAUUUGUGUCCGUUUUGCAUCUACGAGACGAAAACGUUUAGCCAGAAGCUGGAUCAUUUUGGCUUCAGUGACAAUCGCACUUUUCCACAGCGUUACCUUGUGGCCAGAAAGAACUGGGUAGAAGGAGGACCAAUUCUCUUUUAUACCGGAAAUGAAGGAGACAUCACCUGGUUUGCGAACAACACGGGAUUCAUGUGGGAUAUCGCAGGGGAAUUCAAAGCCAUGCUGGUUUUUGCAGAGCAUAGGUACUACGGCAAGUCGUUACCAUUUGGAAAGCUGUCUUACAAGGGACCGAAGUAUUUAGGAUAUUUAACUUCAGAGCAAGCUUUGGCUGACUUUGCAGUACUUAUUCAUCACAUAAAGAACACAGUACCAGGAGCAAGUGAAAGCCCAGUGGUCGCUAUUGGUGGAUCGUACGGCGGGAUGCUGGCCGCUUGGUUUCGAAUGAAGUAUCCAAAUAUUGUUAUAGGGGCCCUCGCAGCUUCGGCGCCAAUUCUACAAUUUACUGGAUUGACCCCUUGUGAGAAGUUUUAUCAAAUUGUCACGGAAGAUUUCCAACGUGACGGAGGAGAACCAUGUGUAAAUUUGGUAAAGAAGUCAUGGGAUGUCGUAAAAAAUUACGGCAAAACAGAUAGCGGGCGGAAAAAAUUAUCCAGUAUAUUUAAGCUGUGUUCUCCUCUGAAAACCAAAGACAACGUCACUCAGUUGGAAUAUUGGCUGAGCGAGACCUGGGUUAACUUAGCAAUGGUGGAUUAUCCGUACCCUGCCAGUUUCUUGGAACCUCUUCCCGCUUGGCCAAUUAAGGAAACCUGUAAAUAUCUUCAAGACGAGUCAUUAGACGAUGACAAACUUCUGGGAGCCAUAUCCAAAGCUGUUGGAGUGUACUACAACAGCUCAGGCCAUGCUAAAUGUUUUAACACCUCACAGCAAGCUGUAUCCUUCUUGGGAGAUGAUGGUUGGUAUUUUCAGGCUUGUACCGAGAUGGUCAUGCCUCUCUGUUCAGACGGCGUCAAUGAUAUGUUUACCAAGUCAGAGUGGGAUUUCAAUGCUUAUGCCAAAGAUUGCCAGAAGUCACGUGGCGUGACACCGUUGGAGUACUGGGCCGAGAUUCAGUAUGGUGGCAAGAAACUAAAAGCUCACAGUAAUAUAGUGUUCAGUAACGGUGCCCUUGAUCCCUGGGCUGCAGGCGGGGUUACCCGUAACAUAAGCGACAGCCUCAUUUCUGUGCUGAUUGAAGAUGGCGCCCAUCACUUGGACUUGAGACAUAAAAACCCGCUGGACCCUCCGUCAGUCGUGCAGGCGCGAAAUUUGGAGAAAUACUACAUCUGCAGAUGGAUUGCCGAAGCCGAGAAAAAGAAAAAGGAUAAAGCCAAGCUUAGAAUUUCUGAUAAGGGAAAGUUUAGGAGUAUAUCAAUUCGAUGAUCUGUUAGUUGUUAAAAUAUAACAGCUUUUUUGUUUAUUUUUGUAUAAGCCGGCUUAAUCCUUUUUAAGUUUUCUACAUUGGGCACGAAUUUUUUUUCAACGAUGUUUCUUUCCUAUAAAUUAAGUAUAGUAAAACGAAAAUUAAGGCGAUCGUAGCAGCCAAUCAAAACAAAUACUUGACAAGGAGCUUAUGAGAACAGACAGUUAACCCUUUAACUUCCAUGAGUGACCAAGACAGAAUUUCUCCUCACAAUAUCAAUAUAAUAUCAAGCGGACAAGUUAUGAGAAUAAAGAAAAAUAUCAAUUAUGGUAUUAUAAGUUGAUCCAAUACCAAAUUCUCCAAACUAAUAUCACAAGAACUGUAUGGCAGACAGUAAGGAGAAUUACUAAUGAAAUCUUGGGAGUUAAAGGGUUAAGACAAAGCGCAAGUCUCUAAAUCUGGAUUGGUUUUUUAAGAGUUAUUCUCCAUCGAGUGUCGAAAUUAACCCGGAUUGCUUUGGUUUGCUUUACUUCCCUCUGUGAUUGGUCGCGAAAACUCACACCACUCUCUCAACCAAUCAGACGAGAAAACCAACCGUGACUUGGUCGUCAAGUCUUCCCGCGCUUUGGUAAGUUGUCUGUUUUUGCCUUGAGUCCUCAUUGGCUAAUGAUGACGUAACCUUGGUUAUGAUUGGCUGUUGUGAUUUGUAUUGUUUUGGUUUUCCGACAGUCAAUUGAAAACUGCUCUAGUUUUGCAUCAGAUUGGUUAAGUUAAUUGGUUUAGUCUCUAAACCAGCCAUAGAGCGAAAAAACGCAAAAUCAGUGCAAUCCUAUUUUACUUUCCAUACCCAAUUGAACAUUUCCCCCAUAUUUUGGAGUUUUCGUUAGAUAAAACGUGUGCCCAGGGUAACGAGGGUUAACAAAAUAGUCAAACGUCUCGUCCAUGAACCUCUCACAGAGAAUUUCUCUUAAGUCAGCUCCAGACGUCUAGAAAGCAACAGGAAACUUCCGCUAUGGACAAGGCUAGGGCGAAAUUUUUGAGAAUCAGCCUUCUAGUUUUCGAUUUUCAAUUAAUAGUUUCAGUCGACGAGACAAAAGCUAUUUCUGAAACGUUCAAAGUUUAAAAUCAAUGGUUUAAGAGUCGUCAUAAGAAAUACAUAAAAUUUUUAUCAAUAUGCGCAAAAAAAUGAUUAGUGUAACGGCAACGCGCUUUAACUUUCUAAGGAUGCAACUUAGCAAAAAACAAUCGAAUGAGAACCAACUGCUCGAAAAACCGCCGUAGGAAUACAUGGAACGGUAGGUUAAGCGUAUGAACCAAACAAUUUUUUAUUUCAGAGAAAUGUUAUCGGUUCUAAAGUUGCCCUAGUUAGACUUCACCUAAGCCCGAAUCUAUAACUUGUGUUAGCGGGAAAUAAGAUCUUCUCAAGUGCAGUACUAGAACUAUAUCAUAAAGUAACCUUUGCUAGAAAAAAAGUUAGAAAUUUUUUUUACUACUUUGUCAUCACAUCAGAAAAUAAACCAUUUUCAAAAAUCUGAUUCUUAGGGAAAAACUCCUGAUCUCAAUGGAGCAGACGCUAAGAGAAAUGAAGAAAUCCUUCUCAGAAUGUUUGACAAAAGAGGAAUUUAAUUCUAAGUAACACGCAAAAUACAAAAAAUUUCAAAAAGCGGCUACCUUUAAUAUUACGUGGUGAAAGAAACAAUCACACAAACAAAUAAACAAAACGCAAAUA